AUGGAACUGAAGAAUAAAACUUCAACUGAUUUCAUCCUACUAGGACUCCUUCCCUGGUUCAGACAUACUCACCUCCUCAUCUUCACCAUCCUCCUUAUUUACACUAUUGCCUUUGCUGGGAAUUCCAUACUGAUCCUCCUCAUCUGGCUGGAUGCCCGCCUCCACACACCCAUGUACUUCUUGCUCAAUCAGCUCUCCCUCAUAGACCUAGCUUACAUCUCCAGCACAGUUCCCAAGAUGGUCAUAAACUACUUUACUGGGAGGAAAAAUAUUUCCUUUUUUGCCUGUGCCACUCAGCUCUUUUUCUUCCUCACCCUUGGCCUCGCUGAGUGCUUUCUUCUAACACUCAUGGCCUAUGACCGCUAUGUGGCUGUUUGUAACCCCCUGAGAUACACAAUCCUCAUGAGCCCCAGGGUCUGCCUGCAGAUGGCAGCUGCAGCUUGGGUUGGGGGAGCCCUUGCAGCUCUUGUCCACACCAUUUAUCCGAUGCAUUUCCCCAUCUGUGGUUCCAGAAAGAUAAAUCAUUACUUUUGUGAGAUGCCUGCCAUCCUGAGAAUGUCUUGUGUGGACAUAUCUGCCUAUGAGAUGUUGAAGUUUGUGUCAACUAUUGUGGUUCUCCUGGUCCCGUUUAUACUCAUUGUGACCUCUUAUACUCUCAUCUUCCUCACUGUCCUGAGGAUGAACUCUCGCCAGGGCAGGAACAAAGCCCUGGCCACCUGCUCCUCCCACCUUACAGUAGUGAGUCUCUAUUUUGGUCAGGCAAUAUUUAUAUACAUGGCACCCACCUCUUCUCACACACCUGAGCAAGACCAGAUUGCAUCAGUGUUUGGAACAAUUGUGACCCCCAUGCUCAACCCACUCAUCUAUAGUCUAAGGAACAAAGAAGUGGUAGGAGCUCUGAGAAAGUGUAUGGGGAAAUUUUGCAAUUGA